UCAUGCUGCUGCCAGGUCCAGAGUCUCAUCAUGGGUCCCUGUACGGCCUCCCAUUGCUUGCUGCUUGUCUCCAUCGCCACACUCUGCCAUGUGCCACUUUCAGGUCUCCUCACACUGCUGGUGUGUUCCAUUUUUUGUCAUAGGGUGCUGGCAGAUUACGGGCCUCCCAUAGCUGCUGCCAGGCCCCUAAUCUGCCAUGGGCCCCUGUUACCCGCCUCCUCAUGCUGCUGCCAGGUCCAGAGUCUCUCAUGGGUCCCUGUACGGCCUCCAUUGCUGCUGUCUCCAUCGCCACACUCUGCCAUGUGCCACUUUCAGGUCUCCUCACACUGCUGGUGUGUUCCAUUUUUU